AUGAUGCUACUGACUAACGGAAAUCGUGAAAUUUCUCCAGAUGUUGACGAGAAGAAAAUCGCAUCCAAGUUGAAAAUUUUUCUCGACACAGAUUAUGGCAGAAUGUGGCACAUUGUCGUUGUGGCAGGUUCCUUUUGGAUGAAUUAUAGUCACGACGAAAAAUAUUCAUUCCAUUUCAAAGUCGGAAAAUAUAUUUUUCUAAUUUGGCGCACACCUAAUGUCUAG